AUGGCGGCUUGGCACCGGAUAACCGCCCUCUCUUUGCUGCUCCAAGUCGGCUUGUUGUUGUUGCUGUUGUCGGCUGGGAGCAGCGGGAAACCGCUGGAGAAAUGUCUCGACGGCAAGCCUUGUUCGCCCCCGAGACCCCCCGUGGUCCUCAUUCCGGGGGAUCUGGGAAACCAGUUGGAGGCGAAGCUGGAUAAACCCAGUGUGGUCCAUUACAUCUGCUAUAAGAAGACCGACUCCUUCUUCACUCUGUGGCUCAACCUAGAGCUGCUGGUCCCUGUAGCCAUAGACUGUUGGAUCGACAACAUAAGGCUGAUCUACAACAGGACCACACACAGCACCUCGUCCCCGCCGGGUGUGGACGUUCGUGUCCCGGGUUUUGGAAAGACAUUUCCACUGGAGUAUCUGGACCCAAGCAAACACAGUGUUGGCAUGUAUUUCUUUACCAUAGUGCAGAUGCUGGUAGAGUGGGGCUACACCCGUGAUGUUGAUGUGAGAGGAGCUCCCUAUGAUUGGAGGAAAGCCCCCAAUGAGAAUAAAGAGUAUUUCCUGGCGCUGCAACAGAUGAUUGAAGAGAUGGCGGAGAAUGCGGGUGGGCCCGUGGUACUCAUUGCGCACAGCAUGGGCAACAUGUACACCUUGUACUUCCUCAACCAGCAACCACAGGCCUGGAAAGACCGGUACAUCAAAGCAUUCAUCACGCUGGGAGCACCAUGGGCAGGGGUCGCCAAGACCCUCCGUGUGGUCACCUCUGGUGAUAAUAACCGCAUCCCAGUGAUCAGCCCGUUGAAGAUUCGCUCCCAACAACGUUCUGCUGUCUCCACCUCCUGGCUGUUCCCCUAUGCCCACUCCUGGCCCAAAGAUCAUAUCUUGGUGCAGACGCCCACCAACAACUACACUGUGCUGGACUACAAGCGCUUCUACUCAGACAUCGGUUUUGAUGACGGCUGGCUGAUGCGGCAGGACACCGAGCCACUGGUGUCCGACCUCAGGCCCCCCGGCGUGGCCGUCCAUUGCUUGUAUGGUAGCGGUAUCCCCACGAUGGAGGCCUUCCAGUACUCGGACAAGUUCCCCGACGUGGAGCCCACGGUUGUGUUGGGCGACGGGGAUGGGACGGUGAACCUACGGAGUGGCAUCCAGUGCAGGCGGUGGGUGGGAAAGCAAAAACAGCCUGUGAAAGUAAAGGAGCUUCCAGGGAACGAACAUGUGAACAUGCUGUUGAACAUGACGACUGUGUCUUACAUCAAGACUGUGCUGUUCUCCCCAUAAUGCUGGUAGAAACCGAUGGCUUUAUGUGCGCACGCACGCGCACACACACACACACACACACACACACACACACACACACACACACACACACACACACACUGACUCAUCUUGCCUGUCUAGCUGAACAGUGACUACCAAAAUAGUUCUGUGUACAUGCCUCAUAGCUUAUGAAAAAUAAUGGACGUUUUGUAAAACUGUUGGCAGAAUUAAGUUAAUUUAAAUACAGCGUUUAUAUUGGUCUCUGCUUUUAAAGAAUCCUCGAGAUUUUAUCUACUAAAUCCAAAUUAAUAUAGUACGUGUAUGUACAAGUUAAAAACCAAGGAUAUCCUUUAUGUGCCACUUUCCUGAGCUAUUAAUCAAAGUCAGAUGUUUUUAUUAAUGUUGUGAGAGAUUUAUGAACUCCUUUGACUGUAAUGUUGUUAGGCUAAACGGUAAAGCACAUAAUGUUUUUUUUUCUUAUUUCUUUGUAAGUGCAACUUCUCAGGUUUAUGCUUGGUAUUUGUUCAAAAGGAAGACCCUAACCAAAACAACUUGCUUACAUUUUUUUGUCAUUUGAUAUCUCUUGAUCCUUUUUCUUUUUUUUUUCUUUCAUGCAGCAAAAUAAAAAAAGGUCAGGUUGCAGACACUCAAAGGUCUACCAAAAAGCUCAAACCGUUUUUGGACAGAAAGUCUUAAUUCAAAGUCCACUUACUAGCUUUUUCAGGAGCUUUGAAUAACAUCUCAGUCUUAGCCCAUAAAAGGAGUUGGUUCCAUCCAUUGAGUUUAUUCUGUUCAAUGAUGAAGACCAGAGAUGCAGUUGAAAGCUCCAGAAAAAGCUAACAAGUGGACUCUGAGUCACAAUUUGUUUUGUCAAACGGUUGACAAAUUGACUCAAAACGAUUUGCCAAAAAUACAACUUCCCUCAAGGUCCAAUUACUAGCUAGUAACAAGGCUUUCAACUGCAUAUUAUGGUCUUCAUCAAUAAUCAAGAGUUUGCUCAGCAUUUGUGGUCAGUUGUCCUGUCUGAAGCUCAGACCAAAGUUUCAGUGCUUAGGCCACGCAAUGCUUUGUCCUCUGCUGAACAUUAGAUGUACGCGAAAGUAAAUGUUUUAUUUUGUCAACUGUUUAUGACGGUCAAGAGAUAGCUUGUAAACUUAAUUUCUUCAAUCAAUUCUUUAAGAACAUUGCUUUCUAAUUGUAUCAAACAGCCACUUGGUAGUGACAGGCUAUUUCUUCUAAAUUAAAUGACCUAAUAUUUAAAGCUCUCUCUUCACUUUCCAUGUCCUUCACAGUUCACGUUAGAUGGGUCUGUAUAUAGUUUGUGCCCAGGUUCGGUUUGAUCCAGGUGCCUAUACAGACUGGAUUUACACAGGCACAAAUGAUGGGACUUUUAUUGUUUUAUGGUAUAAAUUCUAUUUGCCUGUUUUAUUUUUUUUUCUGCAUGCAGAGUUUAAAACCUGACUCCUAAUCCUUGUGUGACAUGCAGUGAGAAUCUCUCUGACCUGAAUGAUUUUACUGUGCCAUCAGGCUCUGUCUGCGCUGGACCAAUGUGAUAUACUCUUGAGUGUCAUAGCUCCUGUGAACUAUCAUAAAUGUUGGUUAUAAAUGUGUGUUGCUUUAUGGAG